GGGGGCCAGUCUAACCGCAGGAGUCCGGUGUUUGAAAGAUGCUGAGGGAGGGAAUUCUGCCGCCAGCAGAUGGAGAGGAGGCUCAGACCUGCGUGGUCCCUCCCAGCCACCCUCCCUGUGGGAUUAGCUGCCCCUGGCACUGCUCAGGCGUACCCAGCCCGGUGUGCUCCCUGCUCGCGCAGCUUCAGUCGCCGCUCGGGAGCGCGGGACGCGGUCACCCUGCCGGCCAACAGCGGAGCCGCGCAAUCCAGGCAGCCCCUCACAGCGCGUCCGCGGAGCUGGGACCUCGAACCCCGGACGGGCUUGAGAGCCACUCGGGACGCUGGCAUUUCUGUAGGGAGCGCGGCGACUGUCCUUGAGUGCGGAGGGGCGAGCUCGCCGCCCGAGCGAAGGAGCAAGAGGAGGCGCAGGAGCGGCGGCGGCUGCGCCCGAACACCCGAGGGGGUCCGAGCCCCUGCAGCCGGUCAGCCCCGUGCCACAAAGGGAGCGCCCCCGCCGGCUGGCACGCCACCGUCCUCCCCAAUGUCCUCGGCCAUCGAGAGGAAGAGCCUGGACCCGUCUGAGGAGCCCGUGGAUGAAGUGCUGCAGAUCCCUCCAUCCCUGCUGACAUGUGGCGGCUGCCAGCAGAACAUUGGGGACCGCUACUUCCUGAAGGCCAUCGACCAGUACUGGCACGAGGACUGCCUCAGCUGUGACCUCUGCGGGUGCCGGCUGGGUGAGGUGGGCCGGCGCCUCUACUACAAGCUGGGCCGGAAGCUGUGCCGGAGAGACUAUCUCAGGCUUUUUGGUCAAGAUGGGCUCUGCGCCUCCUGUGACAAGCGGAUUCGAGCCUAUGAGAUGACAAUGCGGGUGAAAGACAAAGUGUACCACCUGGAAUGCUUCAAAUGUGCAGCCUGUCAGAAGCAUUUCUGUGUGGGUGACAGAUAUCUUCUAAUCAACUCUGACAUAGUGUGUGAACAGGACAUCUACGAGUGGACUAAGAUCAAUGGAAUGAUCUAGGCCAAUUCCCCAGGUGUCUCUGGGGAGGUGUUCCACUCAUGUGAUUCACUGUCUCCAUGAGUUCUUCACUCAUAGGCACUUUGGGGGUGGGGGGAGGGGGAUAAGGCAUUUCUUAUGGGGACGCUAGGCCCUAAUUGGGCAUCCAAGUGUUCAAAUGCAACAGAUCAGACUUAAAUGUGAUGAAAGAAUCAACCUUUAGGGAGAACAUAUGGACAAUGACUACAGCCCAUCUAUAAUAACUGACAUGACUAGUGAAGGAAAGAAAUAUUUGGAGGUAACAGGUGCAGUGCCAUCACAAUAGAACUUCACCAUCUAUAGUAGGGAGUUGUUAGGAUGUUGACCCUUGAAAUCUAGAGAUGUGCAAUGGAUUUCUUUUCUUCCUAAAUUUUCUAUCAACCCUCUUCUAGUCACUGUCCUCUACAUAGAAGGACAGUGAGGAGAGUGGCCAUUUUUUUUCCCCUUCUUGGCCACCUACCCAAGGUGUUGAGCUUUGGACCCAAGGGAACAUGCAUGGAGACAGGUUUUUAAAAAGAGAACAGAAACUGCCAUUUUUAACCAAAACAAUUAUUUAAAGCAAUGUUGAUGAGUCGCUGGUUUUAGAUACCUUCACUUUUGAGGUGAGGAGGCCCACAGAUUGUUUCUAUAUAAAUGUAAAGGUAAAACAAAAAAAAAUAUGUUGCUCAACUAUUUUAUUAUCUUAGAUUAUAUCAAACUAUUUGUUGUGUGUAGUUAAAAGAACUUCGCAGACAAUAAAAACGACAGAUGAAAAUGCA